CUUGGACAGGAAUUACGGACAAUGGUAUCGAUGUAAGAUUGUCUACAUACCUUACCUUAGAUAUCAGUACGUAUCCUUCAGUAGAAAGCUGUAGAUCUCAACCCCAGACAUGAAGCCCGUUGCUGUGUCCAUCUCAGCCACUGCCUCCUUGUAAGACCACAAGAGUCAGCCUCAACGGUGUAGCUCCACUCCCAACAGCGGUUGACUGACAAAUUGAUGAUUUCAUCUGGCAAGCCCAGUAUUUCCAAUUUCGCGCUUAACUGGCGGUAACAAUAUGAGUUAGGGGGUUAUAUUACUUUGAAUCGUCCCCCUAUAGUGAGGAAAGCUUGAUAGCAUGUCACUGAAAAACUUGGAAACAACAUGUUCUCGAAACACCCGUUUUAGAGACUCGUGGAUGAUCACGCAGGAUCUUGCAAUGCUUCUCAUAGAAGCAAGCCACUCGCCAGUGAAAGCGGGAUACAGACGAUCAUUUCGAGGCGUGUCAUCAAUUUGUAAUGAGGCACAAGCCAUAUAAAGCCAAUGUUCUACGCCUCCUCCACCGCCAUCGGGAGGUUCCUCGUGGGGAUAAAUUAGCCAUGUUAUAGCUAGGUCAUGGAUAGCAGUGAGACCGCAAACAUGGCACAGAUCGGAAUAAACUUGGAUCAUGAUGAUCGAGGCAUGUCAACAUGAGUUACAUAGUGCAUCUCACUGCAUCUCAUUGCUUAGUUGUCAAUGCCUACAAGACAUUUGAGGGUUGCAUUCGGUUCCGUCUGCCCAUCUGUGCCUCUUCAGCUCUGUAUACCGCCAGGCUUUGCACCCCUGGCUUUGGUAUAGAGGUAAAGUGUGGCAGACUAACGAAUCGCAUCUCCUCGACAUGAGGACAGCGCACUAGCUCUCCUGCAGGCUGUGUGCCUUGAUUUUAUCGCGAGUCUUCUUUCAAUAGUCCUGGAUACGCUUAUUAAACUUGCGCCUUAGACAACCCAUGAUAGCGGGCGCACUGUCGUCGGACGUUUCACCGGGUCUGUUUUGUGUGAUGUGAUUCAAUGUUCUAGGUUGUUUCCCGAAAGAUUGGAAUUCAAUGACACAAGAAACAAAAGAAAGAAAGUGCUCUGACCCCGUUGUCUUAUCAAUGACGUUUUGUUCAUUUCGCCGACGUUGAUCGAAAUUGGAUAGGUACUCGUUAAUUCUUCAAAUAAUUCAUUUGCUGAGCUGAAGCUGCAGCAAAUGUUUUGUGUCAGUGGAGCACCUCCGCUCAUUCCACGACCUCUAUGAGAUCAAUUUCGAAAGCUAUACAUCUCAAAUCUCUAGCCUGGUUCCCCAAUCAUACGCACCGUCAGAAUAGAAGAGAGAGAAAAAGAGACAGACAGGAAGGAAAAAAACCAACAAAAUAUUUCAUCUCUUAUUCCGUGCGCGGCCCCGUUCUGACAACAGCGCGUCGCCCCUCUGGGCAUAGCCUCAUUUUCCACGGUACAGCCUGGUACAAGGCCAACCGCACGGAGACUUCGGACUCUCUAAGUCGCUUCUUUAGGGGGGCACCCUGUCAAUCACCACCUACCUCCUCCGUCUUGCCGCUCCCCCCGGCUAGUCCGUGGCGAUCCAUCAAUCCUGUGGUGUGGAGGUUGCAGGCUGCAGCACGCUAGCAAGACGCCCAGGUACUCUAUGGUACAGUACGAGCCAGUCAGUUCACUUCGCAGUUCGCAGUUUGCCUAUGGAAACCCUGAGAAAGCCUCGUCUUUCUUUCUUUCAAACCACCUCGAACAUUCUCCUCCGCAUUGCAACCCCAUACCUUUGCUCCUAUAACCCUCAUUCCUCUGCCGGACAGAGUAGCAUCGAAUAAUGGUGAUUUGAGAUCAGAAUUAUCUGCUUUGUUGAUUUUUUUUAAUACGGUCGGGUUUCCAACAAGAGGAGCACCAGCCUGCGGGACGCUUCUCUCGUUGAGAGCUGCCUGAUUUGUCUAUCGUUUUGUCAUGAGAUGGGAGGCUCAACUAUGAUCAUGGCUUCGGCUGUGGAAACGACGUCUUCCUUCCCGCGGUCUCACUCUAGCCCCGAUCUAGAACUUCUCUCGCUAUCAUCCCUCGAUAAAUCCUCCUCAACUCAAUCACCGCACCGCCAGAGCGUGUCCGACCUCCAAUCAAUACCAAGUUUCGAUCUUCCCACGUUUAAUGUCGAGUUCAACCUCGAUACAACUGUUUUCCUCGGAGGGGAACAAGCUGGCAAGACGGCACCGGUGUCAACCCCUUCAAUCGUUGAAACAAAAGAGGUUCCAGAGGAGCCCUCACGCACCAGACAUGCCCGAAAAAGAACAAGCUCGCUCAUAGACACCCGCGGUUGGCUAUCAAGCUCCAAGAGCACAACAGAUCUUCACGAAGAACCUCCUCGACCGACAACUUCUGCUGGCGACAAGAAAUUUGGCGAUGGAUCGAUUGGAGACUUGAAACCCCUACAGAGAACGAUGACAAAAUCAGGAUCUUUCGCAAACUUUGCCAAACGGUCAUGGAGGCCAUCUCGCUCCCCGUCACCCAUGAAGAAUGCAGACUCGGCCAAGGACAACGAGGAGUCAUCUGGGCGUAAUCGAUCCGAGAGCACAACAUCAGUCAAGCUUACAAAGACUCGUAAACGCCCUGGUCUGACCGUCGAGCAGGCAGACAAGAACAAGUCGACUGAUUCACUCAAGUCUGCUGGUCCUAAAGCUUUUUCACGAGCGAGCGGCUACUUUUCAAAGCUCAAAUCGAAACAAGCUGGCCUGUCAAAGCUCAAUACCAGCACCGACUCGGACAACAGCUGCGCUUCUUCGGCCACAAGUCUUGCAGCACCAGCUUCGAUUAUCGCUGCAGAAGAACGUACGCCGCAAUCUUCCACCUGCGACACCACCUCCGCUACAACCGUGACCGAUGAAUCGGCGUCCGUCGAGAUGCCACCUCAACAAAGAGACGUCCUGUGGUCGUCUUUCAAGGCCAUUGACAUGGACUUCAAGGGAUUCCUUGCCAAGAGCACAGCCCAGCGAAUGUCGCAGGUUCAAACACAGCUUCUCCCAUUCCUGCGAAACACGAUGAAUCAUGAGUCCACCAAGAAGCUCUACCCCGAAGAUGUCGAUCGAAGGGCGACAAUUUUGAACAAGUGGUGGAUUGCAAUCCUGGAAAUGCUGGAUGGUCAGGCGCCCCAGCCUGUCCCUGGUGUUGAUCGUCCGGUUCUUUUCGAUGCCGCGACACUUCUCAUGACGCGACACGAAUGGCGACAAGCUACAUCAUACUUCCUACCACUUAUCAACCGAUCUCCGGCUGAGCGCGUUCGAGCGCGAUCUCUGACCACCUCUUCCGCCUCGUCUGUCACAUCGAGCCAAGCGGCUUUCUUAGAAGAGUCAGCCGAACACAAUGUUAGGACUAUGUUUGUUUCCAACUUGGUCAAGCAAAUGGGUUUUGUAGUUGAAAAGCUUUCGCUCCGUCACGUCCCAGUCAGCCUGGUUAACUUUGCUGGAAAGGCUUGUGCCUAUGCAUUUUUCUUCGCACCUGGCGUUGCAGAUAUCCUGAUCAGACUCUGGGGACUUUCCCCUGAACUCAUUCGACGAGUAGCUGAUGAGCUUGGCCUUCCAAGAAAGAACAAAGGGGAGAGCGACGACAUUGCUGCUUUAUUCCCUCCAACUAUUGGAGUAUUCGCCUGGACAUCGCCAAAGGGUAUGUGGGAUGGCCUUAAGAAGGUUCCCAGAUUGCCUAUGCUGGUGUCUAGAAUCCCUUGGACAGGUCCCUGGGCGGCUCGCUGGAAAGGCCGAGACACAGAUGUAUUCUUCAUCUUCUGCAAAUAUUUCCAUAUCCUCUCUGAGCAAUUCAUGCCCUCUGGACUGCCCCUGCUCGAAAAGGCUAGGUCUCCUGCAUUUGCUCUUGUUCAAGCUCAGCUUCUUUACGUUCUGGAUACAACAGUUCACCGUCAGUCUCCAAUGGACGGUAGCUUUAGCCCUCCUGCGAUGGACUCUAUGUCAGGUGCUGAUGCCGCAAUGGCUCUGCCACUCCCUGUCAGCAACGUUAUGAGAGGCAUGUCCGAAAACCGAUGCAUCAUGCUGUUGAAAGACUUCCUUUCAGUUGAAUCAACCGAGAUCGCCGGCGCUCGUCACACAUUUGCAGAGACCUUUGCAACCAUGAUGAAGGCUGCGACCCGCAAGGUGUCGAAAUACAACCAUCCUGCUUGUUUCACCCUGUGCGACUUCUUGGAGGAAGUUCUCGUGCUCUAUAGCGAGUUUGAGGAUCCUGACUGCUCGAAUAGCUAUCUUGACUGGGCAUUUUGGUUUGACGUUUGCCAGAAAGUCAUGAGCUCUUUCAACACCAUGUCUGAGAUUCGAAUGUUGGCAUUGGUCUACUCCAUCUGGGAUGCCAUUUCGAAGGACCCCGUGCGCAAAUUGGCCGUAUGCAAGGACUGGCUGCUCACCGAGGAGACUUUCAAUGAGUUUUUCAACCACUGGUGCCCAAUGGUUCGGGCUUACUACCAGCGUUUGCUGUGCUGGCGGAUGUGCCGAGAUACGGGAACGCUGGAUGAAGUUGAUGGUCAAAUCUUUGCUCUUGUAGCUGAGCGACUUCAGACGACGUGGUCUCACUAUCUGCAUAUAAAGCACACUGCCGAACAAGAACAGCGAAUCCCCCCUUCAACUGCCCCAGUGAAUCCCGCACCCGGCAAACGUUUUAUGAUCAUUCGCCAAGAGAUUAAUGUUCCCCAGCCUGGGCUAUAUAUGGGUAGCUUUGAUUCCUUCGCGAAACUUCCUAAUAGCGAGACAAGCGUUCUGAAUGGCCUGCCUCCUGACCCGUCUAGGAAUGACGGAAGGAAACGAUGGUCACUAUUAGGAAAAGUCCUUUCUCUUGGCGGUAAUGCGGGUGCAGGCGCUGGUUGGGACGAUGAUUUCCAGACUGUCCGUCGUGAGACAGCAGAGUCUCGUUCUUCUGGUGUCGCCCAGACGAAUAGAAACUCCAAUGUUAAUCAUAACAAGGGCCGUCCAUCUGAAGAUGACUCCUUGUAUUCUCAGCCAACCUACGAGGAGCCAAAAUAUGUGUUCAAGUUUAUUCUUGCUUGGCAACAACAGGCAGCACCUCUUCGAGAUCGUUUCCUGACUCGCCCUCGACUUCCCGGCCCUGCACAGACUCGCAUUAGUGGACCUUUACGAGUCAACGGCUUUACUGUGCCAGCUGGAUAUGCAGCGCCAACACGCAAGUUCUCUGGCAGCCCCCAGCAAGGGCUCAUCGACAAUGCUAGGAACGCAAAUUCGCUGAGCCCAACUGAUGAGCAAAAUGGGUCUCCAAGUUGGAAGCUUGAGGUCACGCUUCCGAGCCUGAGUGACGAAUCCCCUCAAACACCCAGCAUCAAAGCCAGCCCCUCGCCUUCACCAUCGCCGUCACCGUCACCGUCACCCUCGCCCAACCCAAACAUGGGCUCUUUCACCGAUGCUGUGGUGGAUCCUGUCAAGCCAAUUGGCCUGUACGUCAAGAAUUCUGUCUAUACUGGACGCUCGCUCGCCGAGUGGGCGCAGGUAGUUUUUGAGUGCAACAACUUCGUUGAGCGUCGUCGUGAUGAGGGAAUGGAAAACCUUGGCGACGUUGAGAUACCUAUCCUUGGAGUGGAGGGCUUCCGUAAAGUUGGCGGCUAGAAGCUGUGACACCUGAGACAAGCUCAUUUUCCAAGCACUCUACACAUUGUGCAAUACGUUCUUUCUUACUCAUGAUUCCCUUGCCUUAUUGCAUGCGUUCACUAUCUAUGAGCAUGGUCAUAUUUGCUUUCGCACAAACAUACAUCACUGAGGUGAUUUCACGGCUUCUUUGCAUACAACCGGUCCCAGGGGCUUAGAUGUGGGAUAUGAGGGACCUGGUAUGAAUUCAGAUCGCUCUGAGUGAUCUUCUCAUUUGUUGGAGAUUUUCAACUAUACUUGUAUUUGGCAUCCAAUUUUAAGGCGUUCUCGAGCAACAACUGGUCUGUUUUGCUUCUUUUUGUUACAUAUAUCAUAUAUUAGUCUGCCAUAGGGCACAAGUUGGGACAGGUCUUUGUUGGUCAAGGGGAUAGGUGAUCACGGAUGGAGUAGGACUGCAUGCAAUUCAAAGUUCAUAGCCAGCGUGGCUACAGCACAGGUUCUGAGCGAUGGGCCACUGAGCGUGAUCUCUUGUGUAUAUAUCAAAUUGGUUGGGGCUGAGGUUGAAUACAGAAGCUGUGUCUUCUGCUUUGGAGCAUUAUAAUGAUAAUGGCUUUAAUGACAUUGCGUGUCUUCGAGCGCAGCUAUAAACAAUACUUGUAACAAUUCGCGAUCUGCAUUGUGCUAUUCUCUCAUCGUUGCUAUACUUUCAUUCGUAACUCACUCCCAGCCGACCAUUAGCUCUGCCUUCAUCUCAGUAACCUGCGGCUUGAGCGCCUCAUACCUCUCGAGGGCAUCAUCUCUCAGGUAGUCCUCACGCCUGGUAUAAUAACCCUCAAAAGAUGGCUUCCCAUCGUUGACAGUUACCCAACUCUGACGAUUCUGCGUGUAAAUGUGGGCGUCCGGCUGAAUAUCCCAGGGCCUGUCCAAGGUCCCAACGCGAACAUAUGACAGAUGAGGCCCAGCAUCCGCGUAGUAAUUCCACAGACCAGUAUGGCACACAGGACAUCCAACAAGUGUCUGUCCCACGCCAGAUGCUGUAGGAAGACACACAGACAAGGGUUCGGCUUCGGGGCGAGGUUCACGUGUAGUUGACUCUGCGGAUGUAAGACGUGCAAAGGCGGGCUGAACAGCAGCGGGGACAGGGUCCGGGUUGGAAGAAGAACCAACGAUGGUGGGGGGUGCUGAAGGGAGGAGAGUCAGG